GUUGUUUUGGAGAAGGUGCAGCCCAAGCAUGUGCGCCGCAAGGUGCAGGAAGUGCUCCAGCGUGCAGGUUUUGAGAAGCUCGCAAAGUCUGUCGCUGGUGUUGACGUGCAGCCGCCCAUGGGAGUCAUGGCCUACAUGUGGGGAGAGAAGGAACUGACAGUCGAGAUG